GUGAAAGUCAUUUGAGAAAUGUCAAAAUGGGUCAUGAAUGAGCCGUUGCCGUGUUCUCGAAGAUUCCGCAUGAUGCACGAAUGAGAGGCCGGCUCAUUCGAGUUUCCCCCAAACUGAUCGCCAACGAUCGUCUGCAUGUCUCAAUCUCAUUGUUGUUGAUGAUCUUGCUGUUGUCUUUUGCUUGAUCGUUUGAGGAAGUGGUCUUGCUAGCUUGUCGUCUCUGCUUGAUCGUUUGAGGAAGUGGAGUACAGUAGCUAGCUUGUCCUGACUAGAAUACAAGAAAAGAAGAAGUGCAAGAUGCUGUCAACCAACAACAGCUCCACCGUCGUGCCGUUGAAAAUCACCGUGGGCCUGGGUGACGACAAUGAACCUUCCAAGAUUGAUUUAUCCGGAGACCGCUGUUGCUGUGGCCGUGUCACGUCGGAGCUUCGUCAUCGAGCAUUUGAUGCGACCGAAGUCAAUGGUCCCACGCUGCAUGGACCGGCUACGUUUGCGCCAGCAGGCCGAUGGACGUUGUUGGGCAAGACCAUCAUCACCGUGUGGUCGGCGAGCUCUCUGAUCGAUGGAAUCUUGGCCGCGGAACCCAAACUCUUCUACUUGGCGUAUCUCACGCAUUGGUCGUUGAUGGUGACAAUCCUCUACAUGACGCUGAGUUGGAUGCUGACCUUUCGAGCCACGGUCCUUGCCAAAGCGGAAGAAGCAACCGCGACGGACGUGACGAUGCUGCACAAGAUUGUCUGGUGUCUCUUCACCGUUGCAGCUCCGGCGGAAAUUGUGGUGGCCAUUGGGUACUGGGGUUUGGAGUGGGACGGAUCCAGCGCUGGAUUCUACUAUCGCAACUUUAUGGUCCAUGGAGUCGUCUUGGGGUUGCUCUUGUUGGAUGGGCUGCUGCUCAACAAGAUUCCACUACGCAUUCGGCAUAUUGGACUCAUUCUCGGCUAUCUCUUCCUCUACUUGAUUUGGACCUUUAUUCAUGCUUAUCUCGGGAUUGGUAACCCCCAAACACCUGAAGACGAUGAUACAAUCUACACGGCCUUGCAAUGGCGCCAGGAUCCACUCUCGACGGCGGUGGUGGCGGGGCAAUUUUUGCUCCUCCUGGCACCCAUCGCAUUUUGCACCGUCUAUGGGAUGUCACUCUAUUCCUUUCCCUGUGGAUGCAACGGACAGAGUCGACGAUACUUGUCCAAUACCAAUACCAGCAAUAACACAGACAAGGAUGCAUCCACAACCAAGUCGUCCGCGUCCUAUGUCGAAAUGGGAGCAUUCGAUAUGGCAAGUGUGUAG